GAAUAUACUCUGUUGUUUUUUCUAUUCAUGGUGUCUUCAAUAGAAUAGAAAUAAUGUAAAAAUAUUGGAGAAAAUCGUGUAUUAGUUAUACAGUUAAGAAACAAGAAAACUGGAAUUGAUAUUGAUUGUGUGCUCUUGCGAACCGUGUAAUAAAUCGUGUUCAGUAAGUUAUUAACCAAAAUUGGGUAAUUUUUUGUGGGCGUUCGUCUCUGCGAAACACACAAAUUGUUCCGUUCAGCUGCUGACGUACCUGUAGCUGGCACAAUUGAGAUGAGCCAGCAACCAGUUGAGAGGCGAAAUGGUGGCGGGGAGUCCGCUGCAAGCGAUGAGACGGCACCAAUAACCUCACAUCGUAGUGGUGGGGCUUCCUCCAUGUUUCGUUCUUUCGGUUCAUUGUUUGGAGCAAACAGUAAUAAUGUUGGGAGCAGAGGUAUGCACUCCCCUACGAAUGCGGACGGUCAUGGGUACGUAGAGUUUGGCAUGCAAGAUCCGGAUCGAAGCGGUCGCACACUGGGUACUUUUGCAGGCGUAUUUAGUCCAGUGGCAUUGUCAAUGUUCAGCGCCUUAGUCUUCAUACGUGUGGGCUUUAUUGUCGGCAAUGCUGGUCUCUAUGUGACGCUAUUACAAUUUGUUAUCGCAUAUUUAAUUCUGUUGUUUACCGUCGCUUCCGUAUGUGCAAUCUCCACUAACGGUGCCGUGGAAGGCGGUGGUGUCUACUUUAUGAUAAGUCGUACCUUAGGCCUAGAGUUUGGCGGCUCGAUUGGUACGCUUUUCUUUCUGGCAAAUGUGGUUGGUUGCGCCAUGGCUAUAUCUGGUUGUACUGAGGGCAUGAUGGAAAACUUUGGCGAUGGUGGAUAUUUCACGCAUGAUAAUAAGGGCUUAUUACCGGAUGGCACUUGGUGGCGUUUUCUUAUUUCAACAUUAAUCAAUACAGCUAUGUUGGUGGUAUGUUUGAUUGGUGCGGCACUCUUUGCUAAGACAUCGGUGUUAAUUCUGGGCAUUGUGUCAGUAUGUUUAUUGGCUACGUAUAUAAGUUUUCUGGCUGAAGGUCCAAAGGAAAUUGACCGUCCUAAGGAAAAUCUUCUACCUAAUAAUAUGACGUAUUUGCCGUAUACUGGUCUGAACAGUACUACUUUAAUGAACAAUCUUUAUCCACAUUAUGUGCAAGAUUACACCUCGAAUGGUAAAAUGGUUGAUUUCGCUACAACAUUUGGUGUGUUGUUCGCUGGUGUUACUGGCAUCAUGGCCGGCGCAAAUAUGUCGGGAGAAUUGAAAAGUCCUUCAAGAAGUAUACCAACCGGCACAUUAUCGGCUGUGUCUUUCACAUUCGUUUCUUACAUUUUACUGUCAUUCCUGAUGGCAUUUACCACACCAGCCGAGACCAUGCAAAAUAACUAUCUCUUCCUAAUGCCGGUAAACUUUUGGCCACCUUUUACAGCCAUUGGUAUACUUACAGCGACAUUUUCAACUGGUCUGAGUAAUCUAAUUGGUUCCAGUCGUAUAUUGGAAGCGUUGUCCAAGGAUCAAGUGUUUGGUUCAUUUUUGAAUUUCGUUUUACGUGGCACAUGGAAGGGCAAUCCUGUUGCAGCGGUGUUCACAAGCUGGUUGCUUGUCGAAUGCAUAUUGCUAAUCGGUUCAUUGAAUGCAAUUGCUCAGGUGAAUUCAGUAUUAUUUAUGCUCUCUUAUUUGGCAACCAAUUUGGCCUGUUUGGGCAUCGAGUUGACUGGUGCACCAAACUUCCGUCCACUUUUCAAGUACUUCACAUGGCACACAUGCCUGAUUGGUCUGCUUGGUACACUGAUUAUGAUGUUUGUGAUAAAUCCAAUAUAUGCGUCGUCCAGUAUUAUUCUGUGCUUAAUUUUGGUCAUAGCGCUGCAUUUAUUCUCGCCAGCUUCGCAAGGUGCACAGUGGGGAUCAAUUUCGCAAGCGCUCAUGUUCCAUCAGGUACGCAAGUACUUGCUGAUGUUAGAUUCACGCAAGGACCAUGUUAAAUUUUGGCGCCCUCAAAUGUUGUUGCUUGUAUCGUCGCCGCGUUCAUGUUGUCCGCUUGUCGAUUUUGUAAAUGACAUGAAGAAGGGUGGUCUCUAUGUGAUCGGACACGUAAAAGUUGGUGACUACUCAGCCGUCGUAGAUCCAACGAUCGAAGAGAACAAAUAUUGGCUUUCUUUUCUGGAUCAUAUGAAAGUGAAGGCAUUUGCCGAAGUGACAUUAGCCAAAUCGAUACGUGAAGGUGUCCAACACUUAAUACGUUUAUCUGGUAUUGGUGCAAUGAAACCGAAUACAAUAAUCUUGGGUUUCUAUGACAGUGAAACGCCAAGAGAUUUCUUCGAGGCUGGCACUUCACCUUACAAAACCGACGGAUUUAAUCACGGUGAAAUUCAAAACUUCCCAAUACGUCGUGAUGGUGAAGAGAAACAUAUUGAUGUCGCUGAAUAUGUUGCGAUUAUGAGCGACGUGUUGCGUAUGAACAAAAAUCUGUGCUUGUGUCGACACUUCCAUCGUUUGGACAAAAACUUCAUUGCCAAAAGCAAACACUUGCGAUACAUAGACGUUUGGCCCAUCAACGUUUUUAAUCCGAAUUCAAAUAAUCCUUUCGAUGUGGUAUCACUAUUCAUGAUGCAAUUAGCCGUGAUAAUCAAUAUGCUGGCGAAAUGGAAACAUUUACGUUUGCGCGUUUUUCUCUGCGAAUCGAAUAAUGCAAACUCGAAUAUCAGUUCGUUUGAUACACAAAUGCCACAAUUGGAUACUUUCUCCAGAAUGAAGCUGGAACAAUCACUGAAGAGUUUACGUAUUGAAGCCGAUAUAAUUGAGAUUCAAGAAUGGAACAGCGAAUCGGAAUUUACAAGCCAUUCACGUAUACUAAAACAAUUUACAAGUCAUGCCGACGAAGAUCAUGAAGUUAUCACUGAGGAAAAUAUCAAUCGUUCACUACUUUAUAUGCAAAGAGCCAAUCAAAUUAUACGUGAGCGUUCCGAUCAGACUGCAGUUUCCUUCAUAUAUUUGGCUGCACCGCCACAAAUUGCCACACCAGACUUCAAAGAGCGUAGUGCUCGUUAUAUUGAGUUGCUUACAGAAUUGACUGCUGAAUUGCCACCGACCAUUUUGGUGCAUGGCAUAAGCACCGUUACAUCAACCACGCUUUAAAUCUAUAAAUAUCUUAGUGUGUCUAAACAUUUGUGUGGUUCACCCUAAAAAUCUGCGCGUCUAUAUACAGAUUCUAUUUUUUUUUACAAUUUUGAUUUGAUUAUUUUAUUUGUCACACUUUGAAUUUUAAACAACAAAUAUGAACAAUUUUAUAAAUAUUAAGAGAAUAGCUGUUUAACUGGCGAUAAUUAAUCUAUUAUGAUGUGUAUUGAAAAAAUACUAAACUAUUUCCAAACAACAACUACAGCAGAGUAGGAGUGACAAAACGUUAAGCGUACUAUUUUUUAUAGACGAAGUUAAGUAAAAAAAAUUCUAGACAAACAUAAAAUCACUUUUUUUAAUCAAAUUAUCAAGAUUUACACUUGGCCUAAGUAUGUUUAAAGUCAUAGGCACGAAUGAAAAAAUGUUUUAAUUUAAAAAAAUUUAUAGUAGUGACAUACUUUUUUUUUGUCAGAAAUGCCCAUCUGUUCGUAAAAGAAAGCAGCAUAUCAGUUUAGUUCAAAAACCAACACAUGAUACAUACAUAUGAAUAACUAUACAAAGUAUAAAAGCAUACUUUUAGUGGUGUCCUUAUUCUUCAGAUUUUUUUGGUUAUUAUUGUACAGUUAGUGGAAGAUUAAUGGCAAACAGCUAACAUUUUUGAGCUGCAUUAAACAUUAGAUAGCUGCGUAUAGAUCGGUAAAAUUUUAAAUUCCAACAACAAAUUGUUUGAAAUUUUAAGCAUUUUUCUAAAAUGUGUAUUUUUUUUAGCAAGAAGUCAUUCCAUAUAAAAUUUUAAAUGUUUAAAUAAUUGAACAAACUGACAUCUCCAAGCAUCUAUAUAACAAUAUAGCUAAUUUGCUUUGUCAACAUAUAAUAAAAAAUAUACAAAAUUAGAUUGAUUCACUUGAACAAAUUAAUUUUCCACACGAAUAAGGACAUCUUAGAUUAAAAAAAAAAAACAAUAUUAAUAUUAUACACUAACUAACUAUAGUUGAACUUCCAUAACUCGAACUUCUAUAAUUCGAAGUUCUCCAUAAUUCUUACUCUUGAAUUGGCAAUAGAAGUAAAAUUUCAUACAAAUUUCCUUCCAUAAUUCGAAGUUUCUCUAACUCGAAGUUUCUUUGUGGAUUAUAGUGAUUCAAGUUAUGGAAGUUCAACUGUAUAUAACUCAAAGAGUUGUGUUGCAAUAUACUCAAAUGUAUUUGUGUCCUUAUUUAUUUGAUAACCUCAAAAUUUCUCAAAUAAUUUCAUCUAACAUUAAAAUCUACAAAUAACCUUACGUGUAUUAAGCUAUAAUGUAACUAAAUAUACUUAUAUGUUUAGAUGUAUGAGCAACUAAUCUUAUUAAAUGUGAUUUAUACGUAAACAUAUGCAAACUGCUAAAGGCUAUUAAACAUUUUUAUUAUUUUUUAUUGAUGCAAAAUAUAAAACUCUUUUUGUUUAUUGAAAUUUUACAUUUUUUAGAAGAAGUACAUACAUACAUACAUAUAUGGUAAAUAUACAAACCUAACACGUAUUGCGUAUUAUAAUAAAAGUAUACAAAUAUAUAAAAUGCGAGUCAUGAAUUCGCUUAAAAUGAGUAUUUGUAAGAAAAUGUUUUUAAUAAAAGUAAAUUAAAUAAUAAAACCAAAA